UCCAAGCAAACCAAGCCCUUCUCUGUAUAUAUCAUUCAAUCUCCACAUGCGUUGAUGAUGGAGCGCCCACCAGAAGCACCAGUACACCACCAUUGUCAUUUUUCAUCUUUAUUCAAUCUUCUCUUUCUCUCUCUCAGAAAUUCAUCACUGCAACUGCAUUGUACAAGAUUCAUGUCUGCCACUUUCACUUUCACUGCCCUCUGGCUUCUAGUUUUUUCCUCUACUUCUCUUGUGUCUAGCUUCCUUUUCUUGUGCAAACUGGAUGAAAGAUUUCCCGCUUCCUUUUCCUUCCUUAAUGAACUGCUAGUUGCAUAAUCUUCCACACAAUUUUUUGAAACAUGUCAGGAAACUAUUGAGAUAAAGGUUAUCAAAAGGCACCUUAACUCGUGUCACCGGUCACAGGCUCUCCUUAUAUAUAGUCAUUCUCAAGGGUCUUAAACUCCACCAAAGUCUUAACACUAUUAUAGACUUGAGGAAUUCAAAUACCAAACAUGUCAUUUUCUGGUUACAGAAACUUCUUCAAACGAUUCUGUAUCGACGGGUUCCAAGUGGAGAGUGUUAAUAAUGGCAGUUUCCUCUCUAGCGAUCUCCUACCAUCCCUUGGAGCUCGAAUAAACCAGUCAACCAAGCUACGAAAACACAUAAUUUCCCCUUUCAAUCCCCAUUAUAGGGCCUGGGAGCUGUGGCUGGUUGUUCUAGUCGUUUACUCAGCUUGGAUCUGUCCAUUCGAGUUUUCAUUUCUAACUUACAAGAAAGAUGCCCUUUUCAUUUUCGAUAACAUCGUAAAUGGCUUCUUUGCCAUUGAUAUCAUUCUGACCUUCUUCGUUGCAUAUCUUGAUAGCCAAUCAUAUCUUCUUGUUGACAAUCCCAAGAAAAUUGCAAUCAGGUACAUAUCAACCUGGUUUAUAUUUGAUGUCUGUUCGACGGCUCCAUUUCAGUCUUUCAGCCUCCUCUUCGGAAAUCACAGCAGUGAAAUUGGUCUCAGACUUCUCAACAUGCUUAGACUCUGGCGUCUCAGAAGAGUCAGCUCUCUUUUUGCAAGACUUGAGAAGGACAUUCGGUUCAACUAUUUCUGGACACGGUGCACGAAGCUUAUUUCUGUAACACUGUUUGCAGUACACUGUGCUGGAUGCUUUAACUAUCUGAUUGCAGAAAGAUACCCUGAUCCAAAGAAAACCUGGAUUGGUGCAGUGAACCCCAAUUUCAAAGAUGAAAGCCUUUGGAAUAGAUAUGUAACUGCCAUGUACUGGUCUAUAACAACUCUGACAACAACUGGUUAUGGAGACUUGCAUGCUGAGAACACCAGGGAGAUGCUGUUUGACAUAUUUUAUAUGCUAUUCAACUUGGGAUUGACAUCCUACCUCAUUGGAAACAUGACCAACCUUGUGGUUCACUGGACCAGCCGCACCAGGAAUUUUAGGGAUACAGUCAGAGCUGCUUCAGAAUUUGCUACACGGAAUCAACUGCCCCCUCACGUACGGGACCAAAUGUUGUCACACAUAUGCCUGGGGUUUAAAACGCAAGGACUCAAGCAGCAAGAAACCAUGAACGGUCUUCCAAAAGCCAUUCGUUCGAGCAUUGCACAACAUCUCUUCUUUCCCAUCACUCAAAAUAUCUAUCUCUUCCAAGGGGUUUCCCAUGAUUUCCUUUUUCAACUGGUUUCAGAAAUGGAUGCCGAGUAUUUUCCACCAAAGGAAGAGGUUAUUCUGCAGAAUGAAGCUCCAACAGAUCUUUAUAUACUGGUCUCAGGAAGAGUGGAAUUCAUAUCCUAUGUCAACGGCCAAGACCAAGUCCUGGCAAAGGCAGUUGCAGGAGAAGUAUUUGGAGAGAUUGGAGUUUUAUGUUACAGGCCACAGCCCUUCACAGUGAGGACCACUGAACUUUCUCAAAUUCUACGACUGAAUAGAACUUCACUGAUCAACACCAUCCAAGUAAAUACUGAAGAUGGGCGCAUUAUAAUGAACAAUCUUUCUGAGAAACUGAAACAGCUAGAAAGCAUGGGUUUCAAAUACCCAACUACAGAUCCGGGAUUAAUCCUCAACGAAUGGCUAGAUGGAGAACCGAUGGGAGGGAGCAAUUUACAUGCUGGAUGCCAAGAAUCCCCAAACAGAGAUCCGUCAUUGCAGGAAUUAAAAGACUUCAAUAUCCUGGGAUCAGAAGCUACAGAGAUGAAAGAAACAAACAAAGGUCAAGACUGCACUGUAUAUGCCAUGGAUGUAAAUCCAAAAGUUGAAGAUGGCCAAACAGAACUCCAUUCUGCAAUUCGAAAGGGGCAUUUUGAAAUGGUAAAACUAUUGCUGGAAGCAGGUGCAAAUGUAAAUAAACCCGAUGCCAGAGGAUGGUCACCAAAAGCUCUAGCAGAACAGCAAGGAAACAGAAAUAUAUAUGACCUCUUAUUAAGUUAUGAAAAUAGAACACCAGAUGAACAUAAGGUAGAGAUCAUUGGACCAGAAAUAGCAGAUAACACCGUAAAUAGUCAAAGCAAACAUAGAAGACAAGGGGGACCCAGUUUUUUAAAUUCUCACUUGAAAAGAGAAGCCAUACACUUCGGCUCAUGCAUUUCUAGCUCUGCGAGUGACAGAGAAGUGAACAAAUCAAACAAAAAGAGAGUUACUAUUCACAUGCCAUUUGAAAGCACAAGCACAUCACAGAAGCAGCCUGCCAAGUUAAUUGUCCUACCUGAUUCAAUAGACGAGCUCCUCAGAAUUGCUGGUGAAAAGUUCGGAGGCUACAAAUUUACAAAAGUCAUCAAUGCCGAGAAUGCAGAAAUAGAUGAUACAUGUGUCAUUCGAGAUGGUGAUCAUCUGUUUCUCCUUCAAAACAAGUCUGUGAACAUGAAUUAUAAUGUGACAUAAGAUUAUUGAAAGCCUAUGAUGUAGACAUGC